AUGAAAGUUCUUCUUCUGAUCACAGCCAUCUUGGCAGUCUCUCUUGGUUUCCCGGUCUCCCAAGACCAGGAAAGAGAACCACGAAGUGUGAGUGGGAGCAAUGAAUUACCCUUUCAGUAUUAUGUGCCUCCUUACCAAUAUCCAUUUGGUCUAUAUCCACCAUUCCUAUAUCAACGAUACCCAUGGUUUAGAUAUUACUACUUCCCUAUUCCAAUACCUCUACCUGACCCUACACCUAUUAGUGGACAGUAA